AUGGCCACAGAAGAACCAAAACAAAAGAAGAUAAAGAGAACGAGCCAUGAGGUGGAAGAAGAAGAAGAAGAAGAAAGGACAGAAGUAGCCACAUACCCAACGGAUGCACCGGAUUUUAGUUCGACGAUUCGCAUCAAUGAAGAAGGAGAUUCUUUUUUUGAACUUUCAAAGACGCGCCGUGUCACCGUGCGACAAUUUAAAGGAACUACAUUGGUUGAUAUCAGGGAGUAUUACGAAAAAGGUGACAAAUUGAUGCCAGGAAAGAAAGGAAUCAGCUUGACUCUGGAUCAGUUCAACGAAUUUAAGGACGUGAUUCAAAGUGGAUUGGUCGACAAAGCACUGAAAAAGCUUGAAUAG